UGUGGAGCUGUAAACCCUAGAGAGAGAGAGAGAGAGAGAGAGAGAGAGAGAGAGAGUCGAAGAAGAUGGGGGGAGGAAUGGAAGCCCACAAGAACAAGUUCAUAGAGGACUGGGGCUCGGCGAGGGAGACCUUGGAGCAAAACUUCCGGUGGACUCGGCGCAACUUCGCUCUCGUUGGUAUCUUCGGCAUCGCCCUCCCCCUCCUCGUCUACAAGGGCAUCGUCCGCGAAUUCCACAUGCAAGAUGAGGAUGCAGGGCGGCCAUACAGGAAGUUCCUCUGAGCAUGCUGCAACUAUUUCCAUCAAUAAUGGCAAGAAAUGAGCCUAGGGUUCCAUCAGGACCAUAGAAUGCAACUCUUUCACAUGAACUCUUGUUUUUUGCUUGGGAAACUCUGUUGCAUGUUUGUUAUCUUCUACUUCUUGUAAUUACCUUUAAGAAGUUGACAUUGCAUGAUUCUAAUAAUUUUUGACGCCUUGGAUGGUUACAAUGACAUUCUUCUGGUCAAAAAUUGCUUGUGCUUUUGUGUUAAUGGAGAACCAUGGUUAUGACAAUGACAUGUAUCUCUUCAAAUU